CGAGUACCAGCCGCUUCCCGACACCGUUCCCGUAUUACCAGGUUGACUAGUUCAUCAAAAUGUUCUCUGACGGAAAAUACGUACGAGCCCCUUCGAACGAUUCAGAAGGAUCAACUAAUGAGAGCCUCGAAAACUUGGCCGAAGGAAGCAUUUCACUCAGCUACUCCAGUAUGGAAGCUUCACCGUCUCCUGAAGCCAGUCCGAAAAAGGGAGGAGAAACGAUGUCCAACGAAACGUCCCGCAAUUUUGAUUUCCAUCAAAAAUUGGACCGCUUUGGAGAAGAGUUGAACAGGUUGGAGAGAGCUUUCAACUCGAUACAACAAUACCCUACUCGCACAGCUCCCAACGAUGUAGACCGCAGUUGGAACAUAGCGAACAACUCAACGAAAAGCACCAACAUCAUCCGUUGGGAGAGCAUUCAACCGUUCCCGAAUGAUGUGCCUGCCAGCAAGAUGUGGGAACAGUGGAUUCGUUUCAUUGACCGGUUCGAGAUUGCAGCCUCUCUGUACAAUGCCAACGAUACAAUUCAGCGAUCCCAACUGCUUUUCCUCGCUAUGGGGGAGAAGCUUCAGGGAAUAGUUAGAGCUGCCAGACUCCGCCCGAAUCUCCAAGAACCAAAUUGCUACAGUAUCUUCAUUAAAAACAUCGAAGAUUACCUGCGCUCAAUGAUCGACAUCACGGCAGAGCAUGAGUCCUUUUCUAACAUGAAGCAGGAACAAGAUGAGCCAACAAUGGCUUUCCACGCUCGCCUGAUGGAAAAAGUACGCCUUUGUGGGUACAGUUGCAGCGACCAGGACCGAUUCGUGAGAACCCAACUUUUAAAAGGAAUGCGUAGCAGAACACUGGCAAAAGAAUCGAGAAUACAUGAAUACAACGCUACCAAGAUUGUACAGUUAGCCACUCGCGAGGAAGCAUUGCCUUCCGAAGGGACCCACACCGAAACGCAACAAGCUUUCGCUGUGGAUAACAGGAAACAACGGAUGCCCGAAAGACGGGGCGCUAUGAAACGCAGCUAUAACGCUACCGCUGAACCGUUCAAUUCCACGAAACAACGACGAUACGGACAAGGACGACGGUCAAGAUGCCCGCAAUGUAACUUCCUUUUCCAUAAACAUGGUAAAUGCCCGGCGGCAAAUGAAAACUGCAAAGGAUGUGGAAUGCGGGGUCAUUAUGUAGCAACGUGCCAUCAAAAAAAGAAACAUGCUAACAAUGUCCAAACGAAGAUCCCAGGAUGGACAGAUUCGGAAGACGAAAAAAAGCAAUCUCCUUGUCCUGACAUUAACAGCUUGACUCUAUCGGACGUUCUUAUUGAUUGUCGUCUUGGAUCGUCGAGUCCAAUCCGUUUUUUAAUAGAUUCCGGCGCGGAUGUCAAUAUCAUCGGCGGAGAUGAUUGGAAGCGUUUGAAGAACGAUUACUUUGCAGGGAAGGCCCUUCUAAAGCCAAUCCGAUUGGGCACAAAUGCAGAUCUGCGAUCGUAUGCUUCUAGCAAACCCAUUUCUAUUCGAUGUAGCUUCAAUGCACAGGUAGAAGUUGUAGGCCAUUGUAAACCAUUGGUAGAAGCUAAUUUUCUUGUAGCCGACGCUGGCCGUCGUUCCUUGCUGGGACGAGCAACAGCAAGUGACCUGGAAUUGCUGAAAGUAGGAGCUUGUAUUAAUGCAUGUGAAACUUAUCAGCAGGCCAAGACAUUUCCAAAAGUACCGGGGGUCCGCAUCAAGUUUAGUGUAGAUAAAUCUGUGUCCCCCACAAAGAAUGCCUAUUUCAAUGUCCCGGCUGCCUUUCGUGAGAGCGCUAGAGCUAGAUUAGAAGAGAUGGAACACCAGGGCAUCAUAGAACGCGUCACGACCGCUCCCGACUGGAUAAGUGGGAUGUCAGCAGUCGCUAAAGGCCGAAACGACUUCCGCUUGGUCGUUAACAUGCGGGCUCCCAAUCGUGCAAUCAAGCGUGAGUACUAUCGCAUGCCGCUUUUGGACGAUAUGAAGAUCAAACUUCAUGGCUCCAAGUACUUUUCAAAGCUCGAUAUUUCAAAUGCUUUUUACCAUCUAGAGCUACACGAAAAUUCUAGGGAUUUAACAACAUUCCUAACGGAAACCGGAAUGUUCCGUUUCACGCGCCUCAUGUUUGGGGUCAAUUGCGCUCCUGAAAUUUUUCAGCGCGAAAUGUCCCGGAUCCUCGAGGAAGUUGAAAACAAAAUUGUAUUUAUUGACGACAUUCUUGCUUUCUCGGACAGCCUAGAAGAGCUGCACAAAACAGUCGCUCUUAUUCUUAGAAUCCUGCGAUCAAACAACCUCACUAUCAACGCUUCCAAAUGUGAGUACGACAAGACUCGAAUAAAGUUCCUGGGCCAUGAACUGGACGAGCAUGGAUUUCAUAUCGACGAAGCCAAAGUGGCAGCCAUCCGCAAGUUCAGGAAACCAUCCACUGUUUCGGAGCUUCGAAGUUUUCUCGGUCUUGCUUCUUAUGUCAGCCCGUACAUUCGUAACUUCGCUGACACCGCGAGCCCUUUGUGGGCAAUCAUUAGCUCUCCUUCGUGGAUAUGGGGCGACGCCCAAACAGAAGCAUUCGAAUUGUUAAAGGACCAGAUUUCAAACUGUACAGUUUCACUCGGUUACUUUUCCGAAAAAGCGAAAACAAUCCUGUACACCGACGCUUCUCCGAGCGCCCUUGGAGCGGUCCUAGUACAGGAAGAUGCGAUACAACAACCCCCACGAGUCAUUUACUUCGCAUCCAAGGCACUCACCGAUACCGAGAAACGAUAUCCCCAAAAUCAGCGAGAAGCUCUGGGAGCAGUGUGGGCGGUUGAGCAUUUCGCAUAUUUUUUACUAGGACGACAAUUUACUCUCCGCACUGACGCACAGGGGUUCACAUUCAUGUUGAACAGAUCCCGCGAAGCUUCCAAACGGGCCCUUACACGUGCAGACGGUUGGGCACUCAGGCUUAGUCCUUACAAUUUUAACGUAGAAUACGUUCGAGGCCAGGAUAACAUCGCGGACCCGUCAUCUUGGUUAUACGAAGGUCAGGAUGAACCUUUUGAAGAAAACACUAGCCCUUGGGAGAUUGCCACCCUAGAAGCAAAUUCUAUAAAAUUCAUUACCGAAGACGAGAUAAGGAAAGCCACUGCGUCUGAUAAGCUCCUCGUCGAGGUUGUUGUCCUUCUUCGUCAUCCGGAUGAGGUGGAAGACUUCGCAAUGCAUGCGCGGGACGUUCAGAGAAUUGCAAACCCGGUUGUUGUCAUCAGCUCCUACUGCGCGGCUUUCCCCGAAACAGGUCAAUGUUUUCUGGUCUGGAUUCCUCCCCCUCAUGAUGUGUGUCCACCGAGAAGUGCCAGCUCACUUGACUCGUUCCCUGUCCCAAUCGGAAGGAACUGCUUUUUCCUGGCAGAUACUGGACGUAAGGGUUUUGGUUUGAUUGUAUGCCACUCCAACAAGCAGCGACUAGGAAGUAGAUGCGCUAGCAGCACCACUUUACUAUCCAUCUACGCAGGCAAGGAUCGAACGACAAAAUUCUAG